GAUUCGUAACCAAGAUAUUUUUAAGUGGAGGUGGAAAGUUGUUGACUUUUCUUUUCAGUACAUGUUUACGAAGGCUGAGAAGCGUGAUAAAAAUUCGGAUGUGAUUUGUGAGCACGCUAUUUGAAAGAUACUGGCAAAAAAAAAGGUUUUGAACAAAUAAGCAACUACCGUUGACAUGAAAUAUUUGAUCAUUCUAAAUAUAUGCUUGUUUAUGUUAAAAAUAUGGAUAUCUCAUGGUAGUGACGAACAAGAUAGCCUUUGCAGUGGUGACCAGGCCUGCAUCUACCAGUGUCGUUGUGAGGGUAAGUGUCUUCAAGAUGAUGGCAAGUGUCCAGAUAAAGCUCGUUGUGACAAGGGCUGGUUCGGACCCCGAUGUCAAUAUCAAGAUUUGGCUAACUCGCUAGGAGCAACGUUCAUUACCAAUCCAAUCAACGCUGACAUAGGAUGGCUGACAGAUGGCAAUGAUUGUACAUGUAACACCAACAAUAAACUGGACUCCAUAGAAGUGAAGUGGAGAGAUACAAGCUCCAUACCUCUGACCUGGACGAGGAUAGUGGUAUCUGACCCUGAAUCUCUAUCGAGGAUAAAUCUCCAGUUCAUUCCAGAAAAUAGUAAAAUUAUGAGAUCUUGUUUGAACGAGACGUAUUCCCUACAAGCUAAAGAAACAAUGGACGUACGAUGCAAUGAUAAUGUGAAGAUCACCAUUUUAAAUUUAGUUGGAAAUUUAACAUCAUUAUGCUCUUUUUAUAUUAGUGGAGGAAGAAAUAUUGCAUACAAACAGAAAGCUGUGCAGACGUCAACAUAUGGAAGCGUAUAUGGCAGAUAUCACGCAAGCCAAGCCGUUGAUGGGAAGCGGCUAAGUGACGGUGCAAUGUGCGCACGUACAAAUCCUGAGAGGUCCCCCAGUUUAAAUAUUUCUUUACAGAGCGUCUACGUCAUACAAAGAUUUGUCGUCCAAGCUAAUUUAGAUAAUCGGUACUUAUCGAACGUUCGACUUGUAAUUCGAACAUUCGACAUCGAUAAGAAUGUUGUUGGAGUUUCCCAGGCUGUGACUAACCCUUUUGGUCAAGUCUAUAACGUCACUCUGAAUGGUAGUGUGAGCCAACCUGUCGCCUUAAUCUCUUUAAGUCUGCAAGGAGAAGAGAGCUCUCUUAUACUAUGUGAAGUUCAAUCUUUAGGAGAGUGUCCAGCUGGUUAUUGGAGUCUACCCUGUAGUAAACAAUGUCCACCUUCAUGUCCUGACAACUGUGAUAGAGAUACUGGAGUAUGUAACACUGUAUGUAUUGGAUACAGUAACCCACCGCAGUGUGAUACAGUUUGCAGGAAUGGGACUUGGGGUGUGAACUGUUCUAAUCCCUGCAGUGACAGAUGUGAAGUGACGUGUAACACUCAAACUGGACUGUGUGACCAAGGAUGCAAUGGAUUCAGUGACCGUCUUUACUGUGAAACUGAAUGCUCAGAUGACUCGUGGGGUAUCAACUGUAGUCAAAAAUGUAGUGAAAAGUGCCAUGAGAUUAAAUGUAACUCUCGAACUGGAGAAUGCUAUAACGGAUGCAAGCCGGGAUAUCAAUUACCAGCCUGUACAAAAGUAUGUCAAAGUGGACAAUGGGGAAGGAACUGUACACGCUCAUGUAACUUAAAUUGUUACGAUUCAGACUGUGACUCUCAAAGGGGCAGUUGUUUAUUUGGCUGUGUUGAAGGGUACCGUCUCCCCCACUGUACAGAAACUUGUGUGAACGGAACUUAUGGUCGAAGCUGUUCAGCUCGCUGCUCCUCCAGCUGUGAAAACGCUGAAUGCGAUCCUUUCAAGGGAUCUUGCUAUAAGUGUGCUGUCGGUUACGAGGGAUCCAACUGUGAAUUAAAAACAUUCAGCGUAGAAAUGAACAGUUUCAGGAUCGGAUACGCAGUUGGGACUCUGGUUACUUUUCUCAUUAUCUUAGCCCUAUUGCUUGUCAAGCCUUAUCUGGUUCAGUGGAGAGAGAAAUUUGAGAAGCCGUCAAUUUAUGACCAAGCAGAUGCACUCUAUGAGGCACGGCACAACUACAACGAUACAGUUGAAGAAGACAAUUAUCAAGACAAGGAAGAUAUCUAUCAGAACUGUGUCGUCUUUCAAAAGGAGGUAGACCAUGGCACUGAGGAAUAUCAAAACCUUUCUGAAUAUGAAUUUGUUAAACCGAAAUAGUUAUUUUAUAACUGUUAAAGACAAUGUACAUUUAUUGUUUUCAGAUUUCAUAUAACAAUUAUCCUAUUGUCAGCGUUUUCACCCCCUUAAUCUUCUAUUUAACUUGAUUAUUCAUUGGCAAAACGUGGUUGGAACCUGGACAGGUAUCUCGAAAAUGGCUCUAAUGAUUUUCAUAGAAAUUGAUAGAUAAUUUAUAUCUUUGGGAAAAGAAUGACUAGCACGUUGGCCACACAAGGGAAACUCUAGCUCGACGUUAUAGAUUUUCAAAUUCUAAAAUAAAAUAAGUUUAAUUUUUAUUUGAGGACUUUACCUCAUACCUUUAUCUAUCCCUUAGUUUAUUGGACCGUUGGGGGCACCAUGCAAGAUUCGUCGACCGUCUUUCUCCAUUCCUCUCUGUCUUUUGCCUUAGAACCUCUUUCAAUGGCAGACCCUUCUUUUAUGUUAUCCUUCCAUCGCUUUCUCCGUCUGCCUCUUUUUUUUUCCUGGUACUGUUCCCUGAAGGAACGUCUUUGCGAGCCCCAAAGAUCUUGUAAUAUGGCCAUAGAUUUUAAGAUUGGCCUUUUUUUUUACGAUAGUUAGCAGGUUAUCACGGGAUCCAAUCGCUGCAGUAACUCUGUCUCAGAUCUCUUGGUUUGUGAUGUGAUACCUAGGAUAUUUUUGUAGCAUCUCGAUUCCAUUGCAAAAUCCACAGCAGACUUUCAAAUCUUAAAAUAAUAUGAAAAGACAAAGUCUUAGUCAUCGACACCAAAAUUAGACUGAUGCGCUUCCUGGUCAUGGCCACAUUUUUAUAUGCUUGUGAGUCAUCGACGCUGACUGCAGAGAUAGAGAGAAGGCUUGAGGACUAGACAAUCAAAAUCUUAAACUUAUGUUAUUAGGCAUUUCCGUAUGUAAGCCCUAUUCAUAUUAGAGUUCAUGAACACUCUACGCCGUUUUCUAACCCUAGAUUUCAAGACCAGUCAUUAGAAUAGUAGUAGAUAGUUAUAUUUUCGUAACCAGGAUUUUCUCUCACGAGAGAUAGGAGGAAUUGUAGAAAAAAAAGUAAAGUUCCAUUUUCAGACCUUGCGAUCUAUAGGGAAGAUGAUGUUAAGGUCAUCUGUUUCUGUGGCCAACGGUUAACGGGCAGGGUGUCAUAUUGCCAGCACAACGGCCAACCGCCUUUACUUUCCCCUACUAAAAGCAGGUACCCGUUAGAGUUGGGUGGACUUAAAGGGAAUGGGGCGGGAUAUAAAAAUGUACAUUGUUUUUAAUUUUAACCUUCACUAGUUAUUAAGAGAAAAACAAUAGCUCUAUAAGUCGUAUUUAAGGAGGUAUUAUCUUAAAAAUACAUGUUUUUUUUUAAAUGAAUUUUAUGUCAAUUAAAUUUACUUUAAAUUUAACCACCAAAUUAUUUAAAAUUUUCUGAUGUUCUAUGUUUGUAAGUCGGUGUUGAAGUGUAUAUGUGUGUGGCUGUUGCGAUAUCAUAAAAUCAUCGAAUUGUUGGGUGCCAGCACUUAUGUUAUGACUUUAGUUUAAUGGUUGCUGGCGAGACCCCUACCCCUAUUCUAAUUUCUUUUUUUGCAAUAAAAAAUGACUCAUACUAUCUCCAGGUGACCGUGCCUCGCUCGGUUGAAUAAUUUGUUAAGGAAAGAUAUUUACCCGAACUUAAUUUAGAAACUUUUUGUAAAGAUGAUCGGGUAAAGAUGACAAAAAGUUGUUCUUGUGUUCUUUUAGUUCUAAAUGACAUUAAACAAAAUAAAAUAUUAC